CACUACAAGUCCCACUUGCUUGCCUCUCCCACUGCCUCGAGUAGUCCAUCCACAAGUUCCACAUUCUCUACCUCUCUUCUGAUUCCUGCAGCUGCACGCGCCCCCAACACGUCCAUCUGAAACCAUCAGUCAUGGCCGGUGUCGCUGAUCGUGCCGAGUCGCUGUCCCGACUAUGCGUGUGGGUGAACGGCCCGAUCAUCGUCGGGGCUGGGCCGUCCGGUCUAGCUGUCGGGGCCUGCCUCAGGGAGCAAGGCGUCCCCUUCGUGAUCCUCGAGCGAGCCGACUGCAUUGCCUCCCUCUGGCAGAAGCGUACCUACGACCGCCUGAGGCUCCACUUGCCCAAGCAGUUCUGCCAGCUCCCGAAGCUCCCCUUCCCGGAGGAGUUCCCGGAAUUCCCCACCAGGAAGCAGUUCAUAGGCUACCUGGAGUCGUACGCGAAGCAGUUCGAGAUCAGCCCGCGGUUCAACCAGUCGGUGCAGUCCGCGAAGUACGACGAGACGAGCGGGCUGUGGAGGGUGACGGCCGUCGUCGCCGGCGAUGAUUCCAGGAACCGGAGUGCCGAGGUGGAGUACAUCGGACGGUGGCUGGUGGCGGCCACCGGCGAGAAUGCGGAGAAAGUAGUCCCCGAGCUGGAAGGGCUGGAGGAGUUUGGCGGCGACGUGAAGCACGUCUGCGACUACAAGUCCGGGGAGGCCUACCGGGGAAAGCGGGUGCUGGUGGUCGGCUGUGGAAACUCCGGUAUGGAGGUCUCGCUCGACCUGUGCGACCACGACGCCUCCCCGUCUAUGGUGGUUCGAGACUCGGUGAGUGAUCCACCAUCAACGCCUGUAGGAUGCAUGCAGCAAGCUCUCUGGUGGUGUCCUAAUGGAGUUGGUCCUCCAUCAUCGCUGCAGGUUCACGUGCUGCCGAGGGAAGUUCUCGGGAAAUCGACGUUCGAGCUGGCUGUUCUGCUGAUGAAGUGGCUGCCCCUGUGGCUGGCGGACAGGAUUCUGGUGGUGUUGGCAUGGCUGGUGUUCGGAAACGUCGAAAAGCUUGGCCUGAAGAGGCCUUCCACCGGACCUCUGGAGCUGAAGAACACACAGGGACGGACUCCCGUUCUGGACAUCGGCGCGCUCGGCAAGAUAAGGUCCGGCGAGAUCAAGGUGGUCCCAGGAAUCAAGAGGUUCAUCCAGGGAAAGGUCGAGCUGGUCGACGGCCAGCUCCUCGACGUCGACUCGGUCAUCUUGGCCACAGGCUACCGCAGCAACGUCCCUCGAUGGCUUCGGGGAAGUGACUUCUUCUUCUCCAAGGAUGGACUGCCAAAGUCACCAUUCCCGAACGGAUGGAAGGGUAGUUAUGGGCUCUACGCAGCUGGUUUCACAAGGAGAGGCCUCUCCGGUGCCGCCGCAGAUGCAGUGAGGAUAGCGGAUGACAUCGGCAGGUUGUGGAAGGAGGAAUCGGAGCCGGCAAAGAAGCUCAUUUGCCUGCCGUAGGAGAUGCAUCUCACACGACUGUUUCAUGCUCUGCUGUUUUCCUCUCCCGAGACAGGCUGUAGAUAGUAGCACGAAGCAUACGCCCAAGUUUUGAUGCAUGGAUGGGCCUGAUGAUGUACAAAGAACAGUCGAUGAUAAUGAUGAUGAUGAUGAGGCUUUUUCUUCUA